AUUAAGAACUAGGUCUUAACCAUCUGUGUUCCUCUGCAGUGACCAGGGGAAAGCGGCGCAUGGUUUAAUGCUUACUGUAUCUACUGUAAUAGGUGCUAUGCUAGGCACUUUACAUUUAUCUAAUCCCAUAAUACAUUUAUAAAUUUAGAAUUAUGAUCUCCAUUUUUCAGAUGAGGAAAGAGGCUAGAAGGUGACAUGCCCAAAGAAAUCUGUAUUCAGACUGACUCAUACUCUUCUCAACAUACUUUGCUUAUUAGUUAACUUAUUUAAAAAAAUGAUUCCCAAUUUAUUUUACUUUGCACCGACACUUACUUUGUGGGUAACGAAAGAGUUGUGGACUUGAACUCAAAAAUCAUUUAGGAAAGUAUUUGGUCAAAAAUUAAUCACACUUUUACCUGGGCUUAGCCUAAAUUAUGUAUGAGGAAAUAACAUUAACAUUUACUGGCUAUCUACUGUGUGUAAGGCAUUUACACAUGUUAUGUUAUCUUACUUAAUCCUCACAAAACUCAAUAAUAGAAAUAUUCCUCCGGAGGAGGAAAUGGCGACUCAGAAGUGCAGCGACUUGCCUAAGGUCAUACAAGGAAACAGGACACAUCAUUCACUUGUUAGGAAAAGAAAUCUCACUAUGGGUAAUAACCUGACUGGCAGUUUUUCCUUACAACAUAUAAUUUUCUCUCCAAGGUUCUAUUUUAAAUAACUAAACUAUGUAAUCACAUUACUAGAGAGUCUCAAAUGUUUACCUAUAAAUGUUAAUUAAAAGCACUCAAAUCAUGUAGCUCCAAAUUGUUUCAAAAUAAAUUCUGUUAAAGUAGUACAUUUCUUAGUCAUUUUGUGGCUUACUGAACUUCCGGAAACAACUAUUGAUAAACUUCCUCUUUUUCUACAGAAACCAUUUCAGUUUGCUAAAGGACCAUUUUUAAUCUGAACUGAACCACCCCUUCUGCUUUCUUAGCCAAAUGACCAAAAUGUCCAGUUAGAACAAGAAUUCAGCAUUCUGCAAAAGAAGUUAACAGCUGAGAGGAAACAUUCUGAAAUGGAUCCCAAAUAUUUCACCAUAAUUUUGUUUUGUGGACAUCUGAACGAUAUUUUUUUCUCAGAGACAGAAGCAACUACAACAGAGAAGCAACCACAGUCUACUUUACUUAGAUCAUCAAGGCCAUAUGUCUCGGCUAAUUCUCAAAGCACAAUAGAGAAUCCUUCGGGUCAGCCAACACAAUUCAACAACCUUUCUUCUGGACAACCAAUAACAACUGCCGAAGUUGCCGCUGGACAACCAACACCAGCUGUCUAUGUGUCUUCUGGGAAACCAGCAGCACAUACUUCUGCUGGACAACCACUUGCCUAUAAUGUCACCAGCAAACCAAAACCAAUGGCCAACACCUCCUCCCAAGGAACAGCACUACCUGUGUUCACCUCUGCCAGACAACGAUCAACAUCUGCCCAUUCUUCUACCAGACAACCACCACCAUCUGUCUAUACUCCCACUCAACAACCAUCAUCUACCCACACCUCCUCUAGAAAAUCAAUACCACCAACUGCUCAUAAUCUAUCCAUACAACCAACACCAACUGCCAAAAGUUCACCUAGGAGUACACCAGGAUUCAACCUAGAAACUACCACUAAAAACAAGAGCCCACAGAAAACCAAUUCUAAUUCAAUAGUGGUCAUAUUAAUUGGUUUAGUUCUGACUUCUAUGGUGGUAGCUAUAAUCAUGAUUGUAUUGUGGAAAUGCUUGCGAAAACCAGUGUUAAAUGAUCAAAAUUGGGCAGGUAGGUCUCCAUUUGCUGAUGGUGAAACCCCUGACGUAUGUCUGGAUAACAUUAGAGAAAAUGAAGUGUUCCCAAAACGUACAUCAAUUGUUUCACUUACGGCCUGGAAACCAAGCAAAAGAACACUUUUAGCAGAUGACUUAGAAAUUAAGUUGUUUGAAUCAAAUGAAAACAUUGAAGAUUCUAACACUCCCAAAACAGAGAAAAUAAAAGAUCAAGCAAAUGGUACAUCAGAAGAUAGUGCUGAUGGAUCAACAAUUGGCACUGCUGUUUCCUCUUCAGAUGAUGUAGAUCCACCUCCACCACCUCCUCCCCUUCUUGAUUUGGAAGGACAGGAGAGUAACCAAUCUGACAGACCCACAGUGACAACUGUAUCUCCUCUUCCAAAUGAUUCCACCAAUCUCCCACCAUCUCUGGACUGCCUCAAUCAAGUCUGUGAAGAUCAUGAUUCUGAGUUCAAACAGUCAUUUCCACCUCCCCCUGACUCACUUAACUCGACCCUGCCUCUAGGAGAUUUUAUGACAAACCAGGAGAUCCAGUGUCAGCAGUUCCCUAGUCCUCCUGACUCUGAUCAAAAUCUCAAUGAAUCCCUGCCACCCCCACCUGCAGAACUGUUAUAACUACUACUUGCUUUUUAGCUGAUUUUCUCUUCUUCUCAAAGGACUCCAAUCUUUUGUUUUUCUUCACGUGACGAAAUACAUUAAAUGGCAAUUGGUAGCCAAUUUUGAUUUUUAUUCGGGAACUACCUGAAAUCUGCUCAAAGCCUAUGUGCAUAAGUGGAACUUUUAAAAAAAAUUAUAUAACAGUGGUCUAUUUACUGGCUAUAGGCCCUAACUUUAAUGUACAGUACAUUUUACAUAUGUGGAUGGUAUGUGUAUCAAUAACUUAGCCAUUUUGGAAACAAGCAAUCUACAUGUACUUAUUAUUUACCCAAUAGAUAUUUUUUUCCUGAAAA